CAAACCUUACAACUGAGAGAACAAAGCAAAUAUGCAUCCUUCAUAUCAAGAAAAUACAAAAUAUCCGACGCAAGGCUAUGCAAUGAACACCAACACCAUCCAUCCUCCAUUUAUCUCCUCCGCUAAUGCCGCCGCAACACGGUGGUCCACCGGCCUUUGCCACUGUUGCGAUGACCCUGCAAACUGCCUUGUUUCUUGCUUAUGUCCAUGUGUUACCUUUGGACAGAUUGCUGAGAUUGUCAAUAAGGGUUCAAUACCUUGUGCAGCGAGUGGUGCAGUAUAUGGUAUCCUACUGGGAUUUACAGGAUUAGCAUGCCUGUACUCGUGCUUCUUUAGGUCAAGAUUAAGAGGACAAUAUGACCUGGAGGAGGCACCAUGUGUGGAUUGCUUGGUUCACUUCUUUUGCGAGCCUUGUGCGCUUUGCCAGGAAUACAGAGAGCUUAAGAAUCGUGGUUUUGAUAUGGGUAUAGGUUGGCAAGCAAACAUGGAUAGACAAAGCAGAGGCAUCACAGUGGCUCCCAUUGUAGGUGGUGGCAUGAGUCGAUAACAUUAUAAAGUAAUAAUAAUAUAAUAUGGGGAGAACACAAAUUAAGCAUUUUUAGUUUUUCUCUAUUUCUUGUAGUUGUAUCUAAGAAUUUUCUGUUCUGGUCAUUUUGAAUUUAGUUGUUGCUUAUGGUUUCUAAACUAAUUUCUAGUUUCCUCUGCAUGUAUAAAACUUUCCCCUUUUGCAAUUAA